GACAAGGCACCAUUGCUGUCUCUUACAGCACUGCAUCAUCUACAUACCUUUAUCUUCGUGCUGGCUGUUUCACAUGUUACUUUCUCAGCUCUUACAAUUUUAUUUGGAGGUAUAAAGAUACGUCAGUGGAAAUCUUGGGAGGACUCUAUCCAGAAAGAGGAAUAUAAUCCAGAAGAAGUACUUAGCUCGAAAGUUACACAUGUCCAAGACCAUGAUUUUGUCAAGGGCCGGUUUCUAGGUUUUGGUAAAAGAUCAACCUUACUAAGUUGGCUGCAUUCUUUCGUCAAGCAAUUCUUUGGAUCUGUCACAAAAUUGGACUAUACAACUUUGAGGCUUGGCUUCAUUAUGACUCAUUGCAAGGGGAAUCCAAAGUUCAAUUUUCACAAGUAUAUGAUACGCGUACUUGAAGCUGAUUUCAAGAAAGUUGUUGGGAUUAG